AAUGAACAGAUUUCACAACCCUUUGUAAUGUUUACACUUACAAAUGAUUUCAAAGGGACAAAUGCUACAAGCUGAACACCUUAGGGAAAGGUUACACCGUUAAACGGUAUUGCUGCUGAUUUGAUAUCCAACAGUAUAAAGUCUUAAACAUGAGCGAUGAUGGACAGCCACAGCUCCGGAAGUUCAGUAUAUUUCCGGAGAGGAAAGACAAAUUGUCAUUUGAUAAUCCUGCUAUAAACGGUGACCCAGAUAUGGAAGGAAAUAAUAUAAGAUUACGAAACUUAAAUGGACUUACGGAUAGUCAGUUCAGUCAUGCUGGUUCUUCAUAUAACCGGAAGUAUUCUGUUUCACUCAAAACAUUGAAGCCAUUUCGACCGUCUUCGAAAGACGGGAAGAUUCCUGUAAACAAAGCAGGCUUUUUCUCCUAUGUUACCAUAUCAUGGAUAUCAUCGCUAGUAAUGAAGAUUUACAGACACCGGGACGAAACCCUGAAGCAGGAGGAUGUCUGGGAAAUAUCCGACUGGGAGUCGUGUGACGUCAACACAGUUAGGUUAGAGCAAAUAUGGGAGCAAGAGGUAGCUAGCCACGGAGACGAGGGGUCUUCGUUCUUUAGAGCUUGGCUAAAGUUUAUCCAGACACGAUUGUAUGUAAAGAUAUUGCUUGUGUGUAUCAAUGCUACGCUAACCUUUUUCAUGAGUGGUUUCAUCACUAACCUUGUAGUCAGCUACCUGGAAUCAGAAACGUCCGACUUGGGCUACGCUAUGGCACUUUUGGCCGGGAACCUGGUCGGCCAGAUGUUGAGAGCUACUUCAUUUGCUUUCAUCAUUUUCUUUGGGGUCCAGACAGGUAUACGUUUUCGGGCUGGUAUGUUAGGUGUUGUCUACAAGAAAAUAAUGAAACUGACGAGCGUGAAAGGCAAAGUAGCAUCUGAGAUUGUUACUAUAUUUGGGGCUGACUCGAUGAGAGUAUUUAUCAACUGUAUUUCGUUUGUAUAUCUGUUGGCUCUCCCUGUCUACGUCAUCAUUGGGACGGCAUAUGCCUACUACCUUAUUGGUUACUGGUGUUUCAUUGCCCUCGGCACGUUCCUCUUCUGUUAUCAACUACAGGCACAACUUACAAUAUUGGUAGCGACUCUUAGACGGAAAACAUUAAUUCACACGGACAAAAGAAUAAGGAAAAUGACUGAGGUUCUUAACAGCAUGAAAAUGAUUAAGAUGUACGGAUGGGAGGAGUCGUUCCAGUCAGCCAUCACAGCCAUCAGGAAAAGCGAAGUGCGCGUUUUACUAACAGCGGCCAUCAUAAACUCUAUAACUAACGCCAUUAUCCCUGUGACGCCCUCUAUCGCAUCCGUCGCUACCAUCGCAACCUAUCGAGCAUUUGGAAACGAACUCACAGCAUCUACGGCAUUUGCUUUGGUGUCUACAUUGGACUUCCUACGAGUCAUUGUCUCUUUUGUGCCGUUUGCUACACGUACGCUCGGCGAAUCAAGAAUCACGUUCGAACGAGUAAAGAAGCUGAUGUUAAGAGAGGAAUACCAGAGUCCUAGCAUGGAAGUUUUAGAUGAAACUAACGCUGUUGAGAUCCAAGAUGCUGUGUUUCAAUGGAACCCUAUGUCCGAUAUUCCAGAUAACAAGUCUGAUAAAAAGACAGAACGAAAAAAGAAAAAGAAGAAAAGCAGAGAUGUAUCAAGAAACUCUAGUUCCUCCUCUCUACUUCUAGACAGUAUCACUUUGAAUGUGAAAAGGGGACAACUUGUCGGAAUAUGUGGUUCUGUUGGCUGUGGAAAGUCAUCUCUCAUUUCUGCCAUCCUUGGACGAAUGCCACAGUUGGUAGGACAUCUGGCGGUAAAAGGAAAUGUGGCUUAUGCAGCUCAGCAAGCGUGGAUUUUUAAUGGCACUCUCAGAGAAAACGUACUAUUUGGCCAGCCCUACGACCCAGAUUGGUACAACCAAGUGAUAUAUGCUUGUGGACUUGAACCUGACCUAGACUUGUUGGCUAAUAGAGAUGAAACAGAGAUUGGCGAAAAGGGAAUCAACAUCAGCGGAGGACAGAAACAAAGGUUGAGUCUAGCACGUGCGGUCUACAGUAAAAGUGACAUAUAUCUCCUUGACGACCCACUGUCCGCCGUUGAUGUCCACGUGGGACAACAUUUGUUUCACAGAUGUAUCAAGAAAAUGUUACAAGGGAAGACCGUUAUCCUGGUCACUCACCAGUUACAGUAUAUGAAGCAUUGUGACGAAAUAAUGGUCAUGGAGGAAGGUCGAAUAGCUGAGAAUGGAUCACACGAAUCUCUCCUGGAGUACGGCGGUUAUUAUAGUUCGAUGUUGGGUCAGUUUCAUGCUACAAGUGCAUUCACGGCAGCCACAGGAAAAGAAGAAUCGACGUCGAGCAGGAGCGAGGAAGACCAGGGUUCUUCUAACCAGCGUGGAGAAUCUAAGUCGGGCAAAGACGGAGAUGACACUUCAUCCUCUAAAGAGAGCAAAGGAAAACUGACUCGGAAAGAGGAUGCUGGAUUCGGCAUGGUAACGUUUGGAACGUAUAAGUCGUACAUAAAUGCUGCCGGAGGGUUCACGGUCGCUGCGGCCAUUUUACUAUUGUAUAUCAUCUCCAUGGGAAUUGUGGUUUUCGGAGACUGGUGGUUGGGCAUCUGGAUAGGAGAAACGACAACCUCUGCGAUAGAUACUCCUACCAGAAACGUGAGUGUCAAUAACUCACAGUCCGUAACAACAGCUUCCCUGUACCAGUCUACUUUGUCACCUGACGAGACUGAUGGUGUGGAUUUUUAUCUCACAGUCUACCUGGCAACACUGUUAGCCAUUUGUGUUUUCACGGCAUUAAAAGGCAUCAUUGCUUCGACGGUGAUGGUAAAAGCUUCCGGAAGACUACACAAUCGAGCUCUUGGUAAAGUCAUGAAAGCUCCAAUGGCGUUCUUUGAUGCUAAUCCUCCCGGACGUAUCCUCAACAGGUUCUCCAGAGAUUUGGAUGAAAGUGACGUGUUUCUGCCAAAUCUUCUGGAUUUGCUACUUCAGACCAUGCUGUUGAUUAUAAUGUCCCUGGUGUCAUCUGCUGUGAACCUUCCCUGGAUUGCGAUAGCAUUCGUACCUGUUGCUCUAGUAUAUUACGGGUUUAAAAGAAUUUCUGCUGAAGCAUCUCGACAGCUGAAACGAUUUGAAAACGUUGCACGCUCACCACUCAUUAAUCACGUGACCACUUCUGGAACUGGUCUGCCUACCAUUGUCUCCUUCAAUCAACAGAAGCAGUUUAUCCUUAACUGUAUGAAGUAUACUGAUGUGACGUCAACAGGACUGAUGUUGUUCGAAGGAAGCAUGCGUUGGAUUGAGUUGAGACUAGAUGUUACUUCCUCUCUCAUGAUAGUGGCCACUACUCUUACCAUGAUCCUAACUAAAGGAACAAUCGCUCCGGCUUUAGCCGCACUCUCUCUUUCACUGACCAUUAGGGUAGUAUCUGUGAUGCAGUUCGUAGUAAGAAUUUUGAAUGAAACCGAGGCGAGAUUCACAUCCAUCGAACGAAUUCACGAGUACGAAUCGGGACUGGAAAUAGAAGUGGAUACUAGUUCUGUGGUUCCGGACGAAAGUUGGCCUCGGGAGGGACGUUUGAUAUUUUCUGAUGUAUUGAUGCGAUACAGGAAGGAUAUGGAUCCAGUUCUGAGGAAUAUCCACUUCGAUAUUCAACCGAAACAGAAAGUGGGAAUCGUAGGCAGGACGGGGGCCGGUAAAUCAUCCUUGGCCGCGGCGCUGUUCCGUCUCUGUGAUCUGUCAGAAGGCCAUAUCUACAUAGACGGAGUUGACAUCGCCCACAUUCCACGUAAAACUCUACGAUCUCGUCUGUCCACCAUACCUCAGGACCCUGUCCUCUUCACCGGCACAAUCAGGUAUAAUUUGGAUCCAUUUUCUAAGUAUACAGACGAGGUUAUUUGGACCGCCUUGGAACAGGUUCAUAUGAAAGAAAAGAUACGUCAAUUUGGUGAGCAACUUGACUUUGAGGUGGAGGAAAAUGGAGAGAAUUUUUCUGUAGGGGAAAGACAGCUCAUAUGUUUGGCCCGGGCUAUACUUCGUAGAAAUAAAAUCCUUUUACUGGACGAGGCAACAGCGUCCAUCGACACAUCUACAGACGCUUUGAUUCAGCAGACAAUUCGGGACAACUUCUCCGAUUGUACGGUUCUGACGAUCGCCCACAGACUUAACACUGUACUGCACUGUGACACUAUACUCAUCAUGGAGGCCGGAGAGAUUUUGGAAACCGGACACCCACAAAACUUACUAGCUAAUCCUCACUCAGUUUUUAACAGGAUGAUCAGAGCUCAAACUGUUAAAACACCAUCACCGUGAAGACUUUUUCAUAUUUCUCCAUAACAGACCCUGUCUGAUUCGCGUCUGUGAUUAAAUUAUAUUCAUUUCAA